AUGGCGUCGCCGACUGAAGACCUGCCGUUGCCUGCUAUUCCUUGCAUGCGUGGUAUUCGCAGAGGAGGUCCUCUCGGUGGACGGGAGCAUGUGAAGAUAGGUUUGCCACUACGUUAUAUUGAUGCAUUAAUUAGUUUUGUGCUGAUUGAGAUUGUUUCGUCGUACCGCGACGCAGGUGAUCCUGUGGGCAGUGAGCACAAGUAUGUUCUUCCGACCAAAAAAGUCACGUCUGCGGAUCAGAUGGCUCUUUGGGAGAAAUCAGACGCUUAUCAUAAAAUCAAUGCCGACCCCUUUGCUUCGUUUCAGGAAUAUGUGGGUUUCAUCCUGGCACUGAACGACUCAGUAACCGGGAAAAGCUUGUCCACGAAUAUCCACGUGAGCGAAGCAACCACCAAGACACUUGCAAUCCUUGACACAUUGUCCACCUGGAUAGACGAAAUCCCUCCCAUUAAUCAGCCCCAGCGUUUCGGCAACAAAGCAUUUCGCGACUUUUACGCUCGAGCUAAAGAAAGAUGCCGUGGUUUGAUCGAAUCUCAUCUUCCGGACUCACUCAAAUCAGCCGCGGAAGAAGUCAGUCUUUAUUUGGAAGAAGGGUUGGGCAAUGCGACUCGAAUCGACUACGGUACCGGUCACGAAAUGUCUUUCGUGAUGUUUAUGUGCACGUUGUUCCGGAUCGGGUUCUUGAGUGACGAAGACAGAGCAGCCGCGGUUUUGAAGAUUUUUGCCAAAUAUUUGGAGUUGGCCAGGAAGCUUCAGAGGACCUACAUGAUGGAACCUGCCGGAAGUCACGGGGUUUGGAGCUUGGACGACUUCCAGUUCAUCCCGUUUAUUUGGGGAUCGGCUCAGCUGAUCAAUCACCCGAAGCUUGAACCGAGAAGUUUCACGAAUGCAGACACAGCGGAAGCUUAUGCGCAUGACUAUCUUCUCAUGAGCUGCAUCAAGUACAUAAACGACGUAAAAACGGGUCCAUUUGCGGAACAUUCCAAUCAACUGUGGCAUAUAAGUGGAGUUCCCACGUGGACCAAAGUGAACCAAGGUCUGAUGAAGAUGUACAAGGCGGAAGUUUUGGCGAAAUUCCCCGUUAUCCAGCACACCUUUUUCGGUUCCCUCUUUAAGCUCGAGCCCUGUUCUGAGCUAACUGGUCGUCCGAAAUCCACCGGCAUGGCACCUCCGAGAAUAUAAUGCAGUUUUCUAACAAAAAAUAAAAAAUAAAAACUGAUGUUCUGAAGAAACUGUGCAUUGUACAGUGAUGUUUCAUCAUACUUUUUUUUGCGUGUCCCGUUGCGUUGAUUGGUUCGAGAAGUGGUACUUCGUUUUCAUUACCCGACCUUUUCCUUUGAAAAACUGGGAACCAAGUAUGAAACCAAGAGAUGGCAGGUUUUUUGUCGUUUUUUUUUUUUGUGGGCAUCCUGAUGAUUUUCAGAUAUCGGUCAUGUAAUUGGACCGAAGAAACUUCCUGAUUGUUGAAUGUACUUUUUAUUCUACUUUUCGAGGUCUUUGGAACUCGCAAGUCAUCAAGAAAAUGUCACCAGCAUCUGCUCAAAUCUGGCAUUGCUACCUAUUUUUGAUAGCGUGAAAAUGUAUUAAAUCGCAGAUGUUGAUGGGAUACUUUCGGAAAUGAUUUGUUGAAACCAUUGAUGUUAAUCAUGAUGAGAACUAGGAAGAAUUGCGAGAAGAAUUUCUUGUACAGUAGUUCAAUUUUUUUUUAUAAAUAAGGAUCCUCUAAAUUGGAUUGGCAAGUUUCCCGAGGCUUUGUUGCAACUUGCAUUUCGUACGAAAUUUGCGCGCACAGUCACC